AUGCGGCGUCGGGCUGCCGAGUUUCGGCGCCCGAUUCGACGGAAGUUGUCUUAUGGGAUCUGCUUUCUUCUUGGAGUGUUCUCUGUUGUCGGUUUGGUUUUGUUUUUUCUUCAGCAUAAUUACUAUGAAGAUCGGCUCAAACAUCCUCUUCUGGAGAGAAACAAAAAUGUAGAACAUUUUGCUACGGAUAGAUUGAAUUUUACCGAAGAAAUUUCAAGUGCCACGUCUUUUUCGAGGCAAUUAUCAGAGGAAAUGGUUCUGGCCAAAGCUUAUGUGGUUAUUGCGAAAGAACACAAUAAUCUUCAUCUAGCAUGGGAGCUAAGCUCAAUGAUUAGAAGUUGUCAGCUUUUGCUUUCGAAAGCUGCCAUGGCCGGGAAGCCUGUCUCGAAGGAGGAAGCCGAACCGAUUAUUAAAAGCCUAUCUUCUUUAAUUUUCAAGGCACAAGAUAUCCAUUAUGACAUUGCAACCACUAUAGUUGCAUUAUGA